AUGAUGAGCUUACAGGUCCUGAGAAUAAGCCUGAUGAUGCUGGCAGUGUGGGCAUUCAGUCCUGUGGAUGCUGAGCUAGACUGGACACACAAGCGGGCCUUGGCCCAGAAGGGACACCUGAACCAGGUGGUGCCAAAAGGGGAUCACUGUUGGUUGGGGGCCAAGAUUCGAAGACUCAGAGCUGCACCUCAGCAUCACCUCUUUGGGAUCUAUCCCAGCAGGCCUGGGAACUACCUGAGAUCCUACCCUACUGAGGAGCAGGGACCCCACCGUGCAGGAGGCGGUAAGGCAAGUCCUAAGGAGAAGCCAGAUAUUCUCCAACACCCGAUUGGAGGGACAGAAGGAGUAAGGAGUCAAGUUGAACAGUCAGCUGCCCGAUGGGUACAGGAUGGUCUCCUUGGGCAGGCAGAACUGCUGGGUGAUGAUGACACUUAUUUUGACUAUCAAGGACCCAGGGAGUCUGUAGAUGAGUCUGGAAUGCAGAAAAGGGCAGGCACUGUCGCUACCACUACCACCAUCCUCACACGCCCAAAGGAGCCUAAUCCAGAGACCCACAGGAAGGGUCACGCUAAGAGGGAGGAGAGUAGGCUAGUAGUGAAGAGGGAGGCAGAGGGCGUGAGGGGAGACCCUGACCUCUCUUCUCAGUUUCCCCGCCCUUGGCCUACGCAUUCCCUUAUGCAUGGGGCCAGGAAGAGUGCACUGGAGGACAGCAUCCAGAAUAGCGGAGGUGACCCUUCCUGGGAAGGAGUGAUCUCUCCUCCUCAGUGGGGAUUGCCUGUCGUCUACUUCUCGGGGAGGCAGGAGCGGCUGCUUCUACGUCCAGAAGUGCUGGCUGAGAUUCCCCGGGAGGCAUUCACGGUGGAAGCCUGGGUUAAACCGGAAGGGGGACAGAACAACCCAGCCAUCAUUGCAGGUGUGUUUGAUAACUGCUCCCACAUUGCCAAUGACAAGGGCUGGGCCCUGGGCAUCGGUUCAGGGAAGGACAAGAAAAGGCGAGAUGCUCGCUUCUUCUUCUCUCUGCGCACCGACCACAUGAAGAAAGCCACUGUUGUGACUGGCCACAGUCGCUACCAGGCAGGCAUGUGGACCCACGUGGCAGCCACAUACAAUGGACAGCGAAUGGCCCUGUAUGUAGAUGGAACUCUAGUGGCCAGUAGUUUAGACCAAUCUGGUCCCCUGAACAGUCCCUUCAUGGUAUCCUGCCGCUCUCUGCUGCUGGGCGGUGACAGCUCUGAGGAUGGGCACUAUUUCCGUGGACACCUGGGCACACUGACUCUCUGGUCCAAGGCUCUGUCACAAAGUCACCUCCAACACAGCCCAAAGCAUCCUAGUGAGGAGGUGGCCUUGAGAGACCUGAUCCUGACGGCCACUUUUGAGCCCCUGGGAGAACAGUGGGUCCCCUUCAGGGAUGAGAAGAACCCACGCCUUGAGACUCUCCAGAACUUUGAGAUGCCACUUGAGAUUCUGUCGCCUCUGCAGCCCCCGCUCUGUGGACAAACAGUCUGUGACAAUGUGGAGCUGAUCACCCAGUACAAUAGGAACUGGCCCCUUCGGGAGGAGAAGGUGAUACGCUACCAGGUGGUGAACAUCUACGACGACCAGGGCCUGAACCCCACGGUGAGCGAGGAGCAGAUCCAGCGGCAGCACGAGGUGCUCAACGAGGCCUUCGGCCGCUACAACAUCAGCUGGCAGCUGAGCGUCCGCCGGGUGCACAACUCCACGCUGCGCCACCGCAUUGUGCUCGUCAGCUGUGAGCCCAGCAAGAUCGGCAAUGACCACUGCGACCCCGAGUGCGAGCAUCCGCUCACAGGCUACGACGGGGGAGACUGCCGCCUGCAGGGCAUCUGCUACUCCUGGAACCGCAGGGACGGGAUCUGCCACGCGAGCUGCAACAACAUGAUGAAUGACUUUGACGACGGUGACUGCUGUGACCCGGAGGUGGCCAAUGUGCGCAAGACCUGCUUUGACCCUGACUCUCCCAAGAGGGCAUACAUGAGUGUGAAGGAAUUGAAGGAAGCCCUGCAGCUCAACGGCACUCGCUUCCUGAAUGUCUACUUUGCCACCUCAGUCCGGGAGGAUCUUGCAGGUGCAGCCACCUGGCCUUGGGACAAGGAAGCCACUAGUCACCUGGGUGGUGUUGUCCUCAACCCGGCUUAUUACGGCAUGCCUGGCCAUACCAACGUCAUGAUCCAUGAGGUGGGCCACGUCCUGGGGCUUUACCACGUCUUCAAAGGGGUCAGUGAAAAAGAAUCCUGUGAUGACCCCUGCAGGGAGACCGUGCCAUCUAUGGAAACAGGAGACCUCUGUGCAGACACAGCCCCUACUUCCAAGAGCAAGCUGUGCCAGGACCCAGAGCCUACCAACGACACCUGCGGCUUCACCCACUUCCCCGGGGCCCCAUUCAGCAACUACAUGAGUUAUACAGAUGAUGACUGCACUGACAGUUUCACCCCUAACCAAGUGGCCCGGAUGCAUUGCUAUUUGGACCUUGUGUAUCAGCAGUGGAGUGAAAGCAGAAAGCCCACCCCCAUUCCCAUUCCACCAGUGGUCAUCGGGCAGACCCACAAAUCCCUCACUAUCCACUGGCUGCCUCCCAUUAGUGGAGUCGUGUAUGACAGGGACGUGGACAGCAUGUGUGGAGACUGCACUGAAGAUGGGACAUUUCGUCAGUAUGUACACACAGCAUCCUCCCGGCGAGUGUGUGAUGCCUCAGGUUACUGGACUCCAGAGGAAGCUGUGGGGCCUCCUGACGUAGAUCAGCCGUGUGAGCCGAGCCUGCAAGCCUGGAGUCCCGAGCUCCACCUGUACCAUAUGAACAUGACGGUCCCCUGCCCCGUGGAAGGCUGCAGCCUGGAGCUGCUCUUCCAGCAUCCGGUCCAUGCUGACACCCUCACUCUUUGGGUCACCUACCUCUCCACGGACUCCUCCCAGGCACUCUUCGACACGGAGAUCUUGAUGGAACACCAGAAGUCCUUGCACUUGGGCCCCUUAGACGCUUUCUGCGACAUCCCCCUCACUAUCAAACUUGACGUUGAGGAGAAGGUUUUGGGGGUGAAAGUCUACACUUUAGAUGAGCGGAUGGAGAUUGAUGCGGCUCUCCUGACUUCUCGGCCCCACAGUCCCUUGUGCUCUGGCUGCAGGCCUGUGAAAUAUCAGCUUGUCCGCGAGCCCCCGUUCACCAAUGGCUUACCGGUGGUCGUGACACACCCUCAGAGGAAGUUCACAGACGGGGAUGUCACACCUGGACAGACAUAUCAGUACCAGGUUCAAGCUGCAGCUGGAGGAGAAGUAGGGGAAGCAUCACCUCCUCUGAUCCACAUCCACGGAGCUCCUUACUGUGGAGAUGGGCAAGUGGAAAAGAGCUUAGGAGAGGAGUGUGAUGAUGGAGACCUUUUGAAUGGAGAUGGUUGCUCGAGGACAUGUGAAUUAGAGGAAGGAUUCAACUGUAUAGGAGAACCAAGCCUGUGCUACAUCCAUGAGGGAGAUGGAAUAUGUGAGCCCUUUGAAAAGGAAAACAGCCUCAAAGACUGUGGACUUUUUACUCCCAAAGGAUAUUUUGAUCAGUGGGCUAUCCAAGCUUACUCCUCUCAUGAAGACAGAAAGAAAUGUCCUGCUUCCUUGGUAACUGGAGAACCUCAUUCUAUGAUUUGCACAUCAUACCAACCAGAUUUACCUGAACACCAGCCCCUUACUAGCUGGUUCCCCUGUGCCAGUGAGGGAAAUAACGUUCAGAAUAAAGGGCGUGAGCAGCCAGAAGGAGGCCUGGAGAAAGAAGAGGAGGUUUGGCUCAAAGUGUGUUUCAAUAGACCAGGAUUAGCCACAUCGAUUUUCCUUUUCUUAACGUCUGAUGGUCUGGUCCCUGGGAAACAUCAAAGAUCUACGGUGACCCUUCAGUUGACUGACAUCAGUGGAAACAAUCAUUCUCUUGGGACCUAUGAGCUGUCAUGCCAUCAUAAUCCACUGGUUAUCAAUGUGACACAUCACCCGAAUGUCUUCACCCACCAUACCGUCUCAGUGCUACUGAAUUUCUCCUCCUCAUUGGUGGGCAUCUCAGCAGUGGCUCUAAGGACAUCCUCUCACAUCAGCCUUUCAACUCCACAUAACUGCAUCCCCAAGCACAACAGGCUAGAUUAUCAGGGACAGAGCUGUGUCCACCAACCCUGUGGAGAGGAGGGCCGCUGCGAACCAUUGCUGCUUGAUCACACAGAUGCAGUGAAUUGUACAUCUGAUGGUCUGGAUAACAUAAAGUGUGCUGUCACCUGUGAACGGGGAUUUGCCCUUCAGGCCAGCAGCGGAAAGUACCUCAAGUCCAUGCAGAAGGAAAUUGUGCUCACAUGCUCCUCUGGGUACUGGGACCAGAUUGUGAGCUGCACACGUGUUGACUGUGGCAUCCCUGACCAAGCUUUGGUGAACUACGCAAACUUUUUCUGCUCAGAGGGAACGGACUUUCUCAAACGCUGCUCAAUCUCCUGUAUCCCACCAGCCAAACUUCAAGGACCAAACCCGUGGCUCACCUGCCUUGAAGAUGGGUUCUGGUCCCUCCCAGAAGCCUACUGCAAGUUGGAGUGUGAUGCUCCCCCUGUUAUCACCAACGCAAAUUUGCUGCUGCCUCAUUGCCUCCAGGGACACCAUGAUGUGGGCUCUGUCUGCAAAUACGAAUGCCAGCCAGGCUACUACGUGGCAGAAAAUGCAGAGAGUAAAAUCAAGAACAAGUUCCUGAAGAUACAGUGCCUGGAGAGUGGGAUGUGGGAACGAGGUGCCUGCAUUCCAGUGGUGUGUGAGCCCCCUCCUCCUAUCUUUGAAGGCAUGUAUGAAUGCACCAAAGGCUUUGAGCUGGACAGCGAGUGUGUGCUCAAGUGUAACCAGGAACAUGAAAAGGCUCCCAUCCACUGUACUAAGGAAGGACUGUGGACCAGGGAGUUUAAAUUGUGUGAGAACUUGCAAGGAGAAUGUCAACCACCUCCCUCAGAACUGAAUUCCAUCGAGUACAAGUGUGACCAGGGCUAUGGAAUUGGUGCUGUAUGCUCCCCGCUGUGUGUAGUCCUGCCUAGUGAUCCUGUCCUGCUGCCUGAGAACAUCACUGUCGACACUCUGGAGCACUGGAUGGAGCCAGUCAAAGUCCAGAACAUCGUGUGCACUGGGAGGCUGCAGUGGUACCCAGACCCCUCGCUGGUCCAAUGCAUCCAAUCAUGUGAGCCUUUCCAAGCAGAUGGUUGGUGUGAUACUAUCAACAACCGGGCCUACUGCAACUAUGAUGGAGGAGAUUGCUGCUCUUCCACGCUCUCCUCCAAGAAGGUCAUUCUAUUUGCUGCUAACUGUGACCAGGAUGAAUGCACUUGCCGAGACCCCAAGGCAGAAGAAAAUCAGUAA